AUGACGACAAUAAAUGCGGGGCAUUACCAGGAAAUGACCGAGAGUGAAUUGCAGGAGAUCACCGACUCGCAUAUCAGCACAAACUCCACCAACAGGUUUAACUGGUCUGUGUACUUCAACCAAGUGCUCAAUAUCGACGGCGAAAACGCCAGAAUUAAGAGAAAAGAAAAGGUCAAGCGGAUCAUAGUUAGAGAUCAGCAAUAUUUCGAGUGGUGGUCGCGACUGUUUCACACCAGUAGCCCUGAAACGAUCGAGAUGUACAUCUGGUGGAGAGUGUUUUCAUCCCUUGCCCCUUACACAACAAGAGAAUUCCAAAUGAGGCAGCAAAAACUCUGGCAGAAGGUCGGUGGCACCCGCAUAACUACUCCAAGGUGGAAGGUUUGCGUGGAAAUGGUCAACAAAGCGUACGGAUAUAUCGUUAACUUCGAAUACGCUAAGAUUCACCUCGACAAAGACCUGAGAGAACAGGCAUUAUGGAUGGUUAGUGAAAUUAAAGAGUACAUCAAAAGGUAUGGGACGAAACUGAAUUGGAUGGACUCGGAGACCAAGAAACAGGGGCUAAAGAAAAUCGAAUCACUAAGAGCCAAUGUGGUUAACCACGAUGAGCCGCUGUUCCCCAGCAAACUAGAGCAAUUUUACUCCUUGAUCAAUUUCGCCGACGGUGGUUUGUUUGAGUCGCAGUUGAAGAUUCUGGCCGCUUUGGAAGCAUCAAAGUUGAAUUCACUGUACCUUACACCGAAGAGAGAGCCUACUUUAGUAUAUGACAGUGACCAGAUCAAGGCCAACGCAACGCAAGACGAAUGGCUGGCCUACAUCUUUGGGCUGCAGAGUGCCGUUAACGCGUACUUUGAUUAUCAUGUAUCUUUUUUUAGACCUUCCUCUGCUUGUGUGGAAGAUUACUCGGAAGAGCAAAUCUUUUUCCUUAGUUUCGCGAACAUGUGGUGUUCGAACAAGUCGCCCAACUCUGUGAAUAAUUUGUUGACUAGACGGUCCAUGGUGCUGGGAACCCUAUCAACGAUAAACGAGUUUUCGAGAGCUUGGAAUUGUCCAAAGGGCUCUAUAAUGAACCCCUGGUGA